AUGUUCCGUGCCGUAUCUGUUGGUUGGAAAAAGUACUGGUGGGGAACAGGAGUACUCCCUGACAGAACUAAUCGAAUAGAAGACAUUUAUCUUCGAGUCUUUAAUGGCACAACAUGCGAGGAAUAUGUCGACAUGCCAUUGGAACAAGCGCAUCGUGUGUUGGACGUCAAAGGCUUUGAUAAAAACAAACGGACGGUCUUAUACGUACACGGAUUCAUCGAAACCGCACAACAAGAGAGCGUACAGGUCAUGGUUAGCGCCCACUUAGAUGCAAGGCCGGACACAAACAUUAUACUCGUAGACUGGUCCAACAUGUCGCAUGGAUCUUAUUUGGUCAAUGCAGCGAGAAACACUAAAAAGGUAGGAGCAGCAGUGGCUGAACAGGUCCACAAAUUAAUAGAAGACGGUGUACCGGUGGAGAAGCUGCAUUUGAUCGGUCACUCUCUAGGCAGUCAUGUCGCGGGCUAUAUUGCACGAGAGCUGAAAAAUAGAUAUGGAAACACUGUCAAAAGGGUGACUGCCUUAGAUCCAGCAUUCCCUGGAUUUUACCCCGACGGGAUUUUAAUGGAACAUAUAGCGGAAAAAGAUGCCGAGUUCGUUGAUGUAAUACACACAGACGCGGGAAUGUAUGGAGCUCCAGUGAGGACAGGAUCUGUGGACUUCUGGCCUAAUGGUGGGAAGAGUAUACAACCUGGCUGCCCGAGAUUUGCACCUGUACCUCUCUCAGAAGAUAACCUGUGCAGUCAUUGGCGAUCAUGGAGGUUUUACGCUGAGUCCGUUCGAAAUCCCGAAGCCUUUCCUGCGUCACCAGCGGAGUCCUAUCACAAGUUUAGAGAAAACACGUCUCCUGAAGCAGGAAUGAUAUAUAUGGGAGCUAACUGUGAUACAAGUGCCCGAGGAUCGUUUUAUUUAACAACGAAUUCAAAAUCACCUUUCGGCAAGGGCUUGGACGGUAUUUAUUAUAAGAAAAAUAAGAAGAACAACGAUAAAAAGAAAUGA